CAUGAGUACAAAUUUAUUUCGUACAUUUCCUAUUUUCCCGACGGCAAGCAAAUGAACAUGUAUAGUGCUGCCGCGGUCCGGUUCUCCGCGGUUCGGUCCACGGUUCUCACACCAGCCAGAACCGGACCGGAAAAUGGUUCUCGGUUCUAGGUCUUCCCCAACGGUCCCGUUCUGGUUCGGCAAGGCCGAACCAUUCCGAACCGUUAUCGACUUCGACUUCGACUGUGACAACUUCGGUCUCCACGUCAAACUGUUGUCUUCGGGAUUUGCACUACUGGUUAAUCAGGCUACCUUUAGCCUUUUUGAAGCCCUCGCAUCAUACCCUUACCCUGACCUUACCCUGGUCAUCCUUGUCAUUCUCGCAUUCCCCUUCGCUCUCUAUCUGUCGCUUCAGCAGAGCCAGUACAUCUGGCCGGAUCCUUUCACUGACGAAGCAUACCCAUGCUCCGUUCCACCACCUGACUGA